AUGGCUCGCGAUCGUGACGGCCUCCUCGCCGAGAAACAUUACGACGACGACGCCGCGAUUGUCGCCUCCGAUCCGGCCUCAGAAUCCGAUAGCGACGGAGACAUAGGACGGGACCCUGUCACAGACCAUGACAGAGAUGUACUUGAAGAGACCGAAGAACAUGAGAGGUUGCUGCAGAAGCCUGGCAGAUUCGAGGCAGCUCGAGGACUCCUCCGGCUCCAGGACCACAGGAAAGAUGAGGGCAAAAGCAGUACUCGUCGAAAGACGCCUAGUAAGAGAUCGAGACGGGGCAAAGAAACGUCAGACUUGGUCUUCGAGAUGGAGGGGGGUUUCAAAGACACGAGCUCUCAGUCCUCUCUGGACUCGUCCGACAUGGAAGGCACCCAGUGGGCUAGGCAGCCUCCUCGACAAUCCCACCGCGGACGCCUGGCCUUGAUACACGUCGCCAUCAUCGUCCUGCUUGUGGCUCUGGUUUUCGGGGCCUACAAGGCCUCUCGGAAACACUCCCGGUCGCCGAUAGAACAUCGACUGCCCAACUUCAACAACGGCACCCACAUCUUUCGACCUACGACGAUUCUGAUAUCUUUGGACGGCUUCCGUGCCGACUUUCUCAAUCGAGGCAUCACCCCAGCUCUGAGUGCGUUCAUUGCAAGCGGGGUGUCGCCCAAAUAUAUGCUUCCAUCUUUCCCCUCGGUCACAUUCCCCAAUCACUUUACCCUCGUCACGGGCCUCUAUCCCGAAAGCCAUGGCAUCGUGAGCAACCAGUUUUGGGACCCUGAAUUCGACGAGGAAUUCUACUACACCGACCUUAGUGUGUCGAUGCAACCCAAAUGGUGGACUGCAGAGCCCCUCUGGGUCACGGCGGAACACCAAGGCGUCAGAUCUGCCAUCCACAUGUGGCCGGGCUCCGAAGCACAUAUCCCCGAUGUAAAUCCGACCUACCUGGACAAAUACAACGGGUCAGAGGCCCUCUCUCGCAAAGUUGACCGGCUCCUGCAUUGGCUCGAUCUUCCCGGCGACGACGACGACGAUGCGGCUCCGGACACUGAGAAGCGACCGCAAUUCAUCGCAGCAUAUGUCCCCAAUGUCGAUGCCGACGGGCACAAGUACGGUCCAAACAGCACGGAGAUUCGGGCAACCAUCGCCGACGUCGAUAGUAUGCUGACCAUGCUGGUCGAAGGACUCUAUGCCCGCAACUUGACCGAGAUUGUCAAUCUUGUCAUCGUCUCGGACCAUGGGAUGGCCACGACGUCGACAAGUCGACUUAUACAGCUGGAGGAUAUAAUGGACGUAUCUCUAAUUCACCACAUCGAUGGUUGGCCUCUGAGAGGUUUGCGGUUGAACGACCCAGAUCGAGACCUGGCCAAUCUCUAUGACCAACUAUCCAAAGAGGCAGAGAAAACCGGCAGCUUCGACGUCUAUACCCUCGAAACGAUGCCGGAGCGAUACCACUUCUCCAAUAAUCCUAGGAUUGCUGAGCUCUGGAUUGUCCCAAAGACCGGCUGGGCCGUUGUGGAAAAGGACGGUUUUGAUGUCGCCGAUGCGCUGAGGACGGGCAAAGAUUACUCGCCCCGAGGUCUCCAUGGCUACGACCAUGAACACCCUUUGAUGCGCGCCAUCUUCGUGGCUCGUGGCCCUGCUUUUCCACAUGCGCCCAACAGUCUCCUACCCGUCUUCCAAAACAUCGAAGUGUACAAUAUUGUCUGCGAUUCUUUGGGGAUUGUGCCGCAUCCAAAUAACGGGACUUUGAGACUACCUUUGAAGCCCGAGGGACUACAUAGCGACCCCGGUGCACCAGAGUUGGAGACUCCCCCCGACCCCAUUGAUCAAGAUGGGGAAGCAGAACCUGCCGACUCACCCGAUGACAACCCAGAAGGCGCAGCUGAGCCUGCAGAUGCCGGUCAAGGCGAAGAGUCAUCUGAUGACAACGACAACGAGACCGCCCCAGGCAAGCCGAAAGGGAACUGGUGGGAGUUCUUACAUGAUCAACUCAAGAAGGCUAAAGAAUGGGCUAAAGAAUUUGUCGAAUCGAUCAAAGGCAAUAAGGAGGGGCAAGGUGAUCCUCCAGUGUGA